AUGGAGGAGGGCUCUGAUCCCUUUGAGGUGACGGCUGUGGAGUUCAAAGAGGAGGAGUGGGCACUGCUGGAUUCUAGCCAGAAGGCCCUCUGCAGGGAAGUCAUGCUGGAGGUUAAUAUGAAUAUGGCUGCUUUGGGUGGUGGUGAUGGGCUGGAGAAUGAGAAUGAGAAGCAAUGGAGGUUAUUUAAACCACAAUAUGCAGUGCCUUCAAAGAGCCAAUAUGAAUUCUGUAUAAAUCGUAAUCUGACGCACCAUCAGAAGAUCCACUCAAAUGACAAAACAUAUAGCUGUAUGGAGUUUGGAAAGAGAUUCACUGAUAGUUUUGAUAUUAAUUGCCAUCAAAGGAUUGAUACAGAGGACAGACCAUAUAAAUGCAUGGAGUGUGGAAAAAGUUUUCAUUGGAACAGAGAUCUUAUUUGUCAUGAAAGGACCCACACUGGGGAGCGUCCAUACAAGUGCAUGGAGUUUGGAAAGAGAUUCACUGAAAGUAAUGAUAUUAAUUGCCAUCAAAGGAUUGACACAGAAGACAGAACAUAUAAAUGCAUGUUGUGUGAAAAGAGCUUUAUUGACAAAUGGCACCUUACUUUCCACCUAAGGAUGCACGAAGCGGAAAGACCAUAUAAAUGCAUACAGUGUGGAAAAGCAUUUGCUCAGAAAGGUGAUCUUAUUUAUCAUGAAAGAAUCCACACAGGGGAGAGACCAUAUAAAUGCAUACAGUGUGGAAAAGCAUUUAUUCGCAAAAAUAGUCUUACUUCUCAUGAAAGAAUCCACACAGGGGAAAAACCGUAUAAAUGCAUACAGUGUGGGAAAGCAUUUAUUUACAAAAGUAGUCUUAUUAAACAUGAAAAAUCCGCACGGGAAAAACCAUUUCAAUGUACAGAAUGUGGAGAGAGCUUUGCUCAGAAAGGACAGCUUAGAUCUCAUAACAGAAUCCACACUGGGGACAGACCAUAUAAAUGCAUGGAGUUUGGAAAGUGA